AUGGCGUUAAAGCGAAAGUCCUCGUAUGAAGGGGACGAAAUGUCCAAGCGAUUCCAGAGACAGCAUGUCGAGAACGAUCUUGACCUAGAUCCAAUUGAUGAAUGUGUUCACUCCGAUGGCGCAGAUCCCGAGUACUCGGCUCGGGGUUCUCCCAGUGCAAUGAGCCAUGAGAUGCACGAAACCCCGGCGACCCCCAUGUCGACUACCUCUUCUCGAUACCCAUCGGAGCUCAAAACCAUUCGGUGUCCGUUCGAGGGCUGCGACAAAGCGUUCAACCGUCCAGCCCGACUUCAAGAACAUAUACGAUCGCACAACAACGAACGCAUUUUCCACUGUGAAUUUGACGGCUGCGACAAAUCGUUCUUACGACCUUCUCAUCUCGCUCACCACGUCAAGAGCGCCCACAGCGAUGUCCGAGACUACCCCUGCGACCGACCAGGUUGUGGAAAAAGCUUUGUUAAUGGAUCACGACUUCGUCGACACUUGGCUGCACAUGAUGGUAGGGACCAACAUCGCUGCACCGAAUACCCACCCUGCAACGAAACAUUCCGGAAGCACACUACACUCCAAAAACAUAUCAUGAGUGUACACAAAAAUAUGAAGCCAUUCCCAUGUACCAAAUUGGACCCAGUCACCGGCGAGAACUGUCAAAUGGCCUUCGACACCGCCGGAAACCUUCGCACCCACGAGAGUCGGGUACACGCCGAGAAACGGUUCACCUGCAUGGAAUGCUCCGAGAACCCGCAACAAUCUGCUACUGGACUGAAUGCCGGUUCAGAUUUCUCAUUCCCUACCUACACCUCCCUCCAAGAUCACAUCCGCGCUGUUCACCCCCCAAAAUGUCCUCAAUGUCCCCUUGUCUGCUCCACAUCGCGAGAGCUGCGACGUCAUCUCGAGAUCGCUCAUGGCGAUGUCAGCCUCGAGGACCGAAAGGUGUUCCCAUGCACCUUUAAUGGCUGCGGGCGCAGCUUCACCCGGCAAGGAAACCUGACUGUUCACAUCCGCACCGUGCAUGAAGGCGAAAAAAGAUUCGUCUGCGGUGAGGUCGACCUUUCCAAAUCCAAGAAUCUUGAGACCUGGAACGGAAUUGGUUGUGGCAACCGUUACGGAAGCAAGCUUUCGUUGGAGGAUCACGUCCGGACUUAUCACCUAGGUCUCAAAAAUGCAAAGGCAAUGCGCCGCGAGCGACAGGGCUUGGCUGGAAGACCGGCACCACAAAACUCUGUCACCACUCUGGCUGCCCUGACAGGCCAGGGAUAUGCUGAAGACUCAGGAAGGCAGAUCAAAUGCUUUGACGAAUCGUGCUCUCAUCGAUUCCACCGCGACUAUGAUCUGUGGGCUCACAUGACUACCAGACAUGGAUGUUCAGAAGAUCAUGUCGAAAACCUGUUCUUGCAACGGGCCUUGUUGUCCGAAGACUCGGGUUCCGCAGGGAACUCACUCGGCAUAUAUGGCCUUGAAUUUGACCAAGAUGGCCAGUAUGGCCAGCUGUAUAAUGGAGAUGGCUCGGCAGAUGUAGCUUUUGGAUCCCAGUCCAAUGACUCGGCUCAUCUGCCUGCCCAGCAGGGGUUUAACGCAGAUUAUCUGAUGCAGGAUGUUCCCGAUGGGAACAACACCGGCAACAUCGACUCUAUGAUACCCAGCCAUGAUGAUAUGGCAUUCAUCGACCCCAUUCUCGCAUACAACAUGAGUAUGGAAGAGUAA